AUGAGUGAAACACUACCCACUCCCAGCAAAAAACAAAUCAUUCUCAAUGCGUUCGUGAUGAACACUCCCGGCCAUUUGGCACCCGGGCAAUGGAGACACCCCAGAAACAAGACCGAUCAGUACAACACACUGUCAUUCUGGACCGAUCUCGCCCAACUGCUCGACCAAGCAGGUUUUCAUGCCAUGUUCAUUGCAGACACCCUAGGUGCAUACGACGUGUACAAAGGCCCUGCUAAUGUGGUGCCGGCAUUGGCAUCAGGCGCUCAAUUCCCCGUCAACGAUCCUUUGUAUCUUGUCCCGUCGAUGGCUGCAGCUACGAAGAAUCUCAUUUUCGGCGUCACUGCCAGUUUAACAUACGAGCCACCAUACUCAUUCGCGCGCCGACUGUCUACCGUGGACCAUCUCAGCCAAGGUCGGGUGGCGUGGAAUAUUGUCACCUCGUAUCUGGAUAGUGCCGCGCGGAACUAUGGGUUGAAAGAGCAAAUUCCCCACGAUGAGCGAUAUGCGAUCGCACAUGAGUACCUCGAGGUGCUUUACAAGCUCUGGGAAGGGAGUUUCCGAGACGACGCCGUGCUGGCUGACCGACAACUCGGAACAUAUAUUGCUACUGAUGCUGUGCGAGAGAUCAACCACAAAGGGAAAUAUUUUGAUGUCCCUGGGCCGCAUUUCUGCGAGCCAUCUCCACAGCGCACUCCAUUUCUCUUCCAAGCCGGUGUGUCAGAGGCUGGAAAUCAGUUUGGUGGGAAGCAUGGAGAAGCAAUCUUCGUCGGCGGACAAACUCCCGAGGCCACGCGCUUGACUGUGGACAAUAUACGGAAUAUUGCCAAACAGCAUGGUCGCGAUCCCAAUCACAUUAAAGUCAUUGUUGGGAUCAAUGUGAUCGUUGCCGCAACUGAUGAGGAGGCAAAGGCAAAGCGCGAGGAUUAUCUUCAAUAUGCGGAUGAGGAAGGUUGCUUGGCUUUGUUUGGUGGAUGGACUGGAGUCGAUCUGUCAAGUUACCCUGAUGAUCAAGACUUCCGAUUCAGCGACUCUCCAAAGGUCCAGGGCAUAUUUAAAAGGUUGUCUGAGACUGUGCCCGGGAGUGAUAAUCUGCCAUGGACCAAGCGAAGAAUUGUGGAGUAUCUCAGUGUCGGUGGACUUCAAGCCAAGAUUGUUGGCAGUCCCACGACAGUUGCAGAUGAGUUGGAAAGAUGGAUUGAAAUAUCUGACGUGGAUGGGUUUAACUUAGCCCAUAUUGUGAAUCCUGGAACCUUUGAAGAUAUCAUCGAGUUCUUACUGCCGGAACUGCGACGGAGAGGACGGUUCCGGCAAGAAGUUGAGAAGGAGGGUGCUACAGCCCGUGAAGUAUUUAUUGGAACGCAGCGAUUGCCCGAGGAUCAUCCUGGAAGUCAGUACAAGUGGCGUGCUGGCGAGACGAUCCCCAAAUACCAGACUGCAUUGUAA